CGGCGCCUGCUCCCCGCCCUGCCCACAUAUUUCCGCUCCUGCUCGGAGCAGGAGCGUUGCGGAGCCCUGCCGGCGCCCGGCCAUGGCGGCGCGGGUGCCCCGCUGGCGCAGCUACCUCGGCGGCAUCCUGUCGCGCGAGGGGCAGCGGGUGGAAGGUUUCCAGCAGGCUGAGGACGUGCUGCUGACCCUGCUGGAGCACGUGCACGAGCAGGAGCCCCGCUUCCUUGUGGAUUACUGCCGGAACCUGGAAGCCUUCGAGUUCGCCCUCCGUGCCUCCGAGGGUGCCGUCAUCCUGGAGGUGCCCCUGCGGAUUGACGGUGACGCCCUGCGGGCGCGGGCAUGCUGGCCAGGGGACAGCCCGGCCGAGAGCGUGGUUCCCGGGCACCCUCCAGCGUCGGGCGCCUGUUACCUCGAAGUGCCCUCCGAGGAGACCGGUUUGAAGGACUGGACCAGUGCAGAUGCUUCGGGUGUGCUGGAGCAGGCGGGUGGCACAGCGUGCCUGGUACCGGGCAAAGUCCUCUGGCGCCUGAAAGAGCUCCUUGUUUCGGCCAUCGUGCACUGCCAGCGCCGCUUCCUCCUCCAGCCAGGUGACCUCAAUGCUGAAAAUUUAAAGGAAGAUGCCAUGGAGCUGUCCCUGCUGGUCCGGGGCGGGUGGAAAACCAUACGCUUCAACAUCGUCCCUGUGGUGAGGAGGCAGCAGGAGCCUCUUGAGCUCAGCGGGCAGCGGAGUGACAGGGGCUUCCCUGAAGGCAGCCUCCGGAAGGCCACGCAAGAGGCCCACUUCGUCCCUGCCUCUCCCUACUGCUGGAGAUCCUCCACUCACCUUCCAGUCCUGAAGCUGCUCCGUGCAGUGGGCACUCUGAAGGGUCCCCGUCUAGACAGCCUGCGCCUGCUCGACCAGGUCAACUGUGAGGACUGGAGGGAGGACGGCAAGAAAGGCGGCCUCACGUUCAACCACCUGAAGAUGGUGCUGCUGUGGAGCACAGAGCUGUUUCCCUCACCAGAGGACUGGCAGGACCUGGAGGGCUCGGUCUACAUGCUUUUGGUGAUCCUCCUCUGCUGCUUGGCCACCCAGCGCUUACCCCACUUCCUGCACCCAGAGGAGAACCUGUUCCAAGGAGAGCCGCUGGACUUCAACUCACUGUACUGCAAGGUGGAGGGCUUCGCCCGGGACCCCCAUCGCUUCCUCCGCUUCCACUUUGGCUUCCCUGUGCACAUUGAUGGCCUGCAGGCAGAUCCCGGCAUCAGAGCCCUCCUGCAGCUCCCGGCCAAGGACAAGGCCUACUGGGACACAGCCUAUUUCGACAUCCUGCUCAGCCAGUUCCAGGUAUACCGGAUUCAGGACCACACGCGCCGCUUGGCUAUGUCCCAGCUCCUGUCCAAGGCCCGGAGAGAAGCGCUGGUGCAGAGCUGAGUGGGGCCCCACUGCCAGCCCAUCCAAGUGUCUCCCCAUUGCCUUCCUCACCACAUAGGCCCUUCUCUGCCAGCAGCCUGAGCUCCCUGCAGGGAGAAGGGAAAUCCAGCUGUGGCUGACCUUAAUACAUUGUCACCAGAAGAGGGAAGAGGCAAGAAACCUUCUUCUCCUCUAACAACCGGAAAGACCGACCCAGCGCUCUGCCUGCCUCAAGCUGCACUCUCCACCGUGCUGGGCAAGGAUGUGCCUUUGUGGUGCUUCUUUUGACUGUACCAUUUGUCUCAAAGCUCGGAGAGCCCAAGCAAGCUACAGGGGCCAGGGAGCCGCAUGGUGCUAUGUCACUUUAUUCAGGAAAGGUGGUACCAGGGAAUGAGCGCGUGUUCAUCGCAGCUGGAUGUGGGUGCACGGCCUGUCAGUUCCCCCAGGUAGAGCUGGGCCCUGGAAUGGGUGUUUCACAUCUCUGGAUACCUGCUGUUGAGGACAUGGCUGUUCUGCACUGCUGGGCUUUAGGAAAGGACCAGCUGAGGGUGAUGGUGAUGGAAAGGACAGGAGGGGAAGGGACCUGGAGGUGGGUCCUGCCUCCGGCCUGAUCGUCAGCUUGCAGAAGGGCUGUCAUGCCCUGUGGCAAGAGGGAAUGGAGGAGGUGAGGGGGCCAGGGCAUUGCGUGUGAGAAGCAACCCUAUGAGAGGGACAGGGAGAGGGAUAUGUAACCACAUCCCACAUGCCUGCGCAGUGUCCUACCGACAUGCUGCUCUCCUGGGCCUCACCCCACAGGAUGGCUCCAGGGGCAGUGCGGGUGCAGGCUCGGGGACCCCUUUGCUGCCCACCCCUCCGCCCAUGCAUGCAGGCCCAGUGUCCUGCGCUGCAAGGCCAGGAGACAUUGCCAGCCAGUGCAGCCAACGGCACUGGGGCCCGGGACUGGCCAUAUCACCCUUCUUCCCUCCCAGCCCUACAGGUCCCACACAGCCCUGGCUGUCCGGCUGUCAAGCCACAGCCCUCGCCCCCUCCGGCAGAUCCUGCCGUUGCUACCAACUUCUCCUUCCCCUUUGGUCUGUGCCAUUCUGCUUUGGCUGCUGGGUGCUGCAGCAUUUGCUGCCAGGUCCCCGGGGAGCCAGAGGACCCCCUCUGCCCACCCACCGGCCUAGGACAGGAGCAGAGGGAGCAACACCUUGGCUGGACCCCGUCUGCAGCCACGGCACAGGGCGCUCACAGCUUGCUCUGGUGACAGUGCUGGAGGGCGUCUCUCAGGGCGCAGAGCACCUUGUCCGCAUUGGCUCUGGUUGAGUUGUAGCCCAUGAGGCCAAUUCGAAGAACCUGGGAGGAGACAGACAGGUUUCUCACUGCAGCAUAGACCUUCAGGACUGUGCCCUGGCCCCCCGUCUCCCCUCUGCAGAGCAGAAUUGCUGGCAGCAGAGCAAAGGCUCCCUCCAGCCAUGGUGCGGAGCGAGGGGUAUGCAAGGGAGCAGCUGUGCAUGCGUGCGUGUGUGCAUGUGUGUGCACCUCCUGUUCAUUCGUAUUUAAUAUGCAUUUCCUCUCAGUGAUGAUAAAGACAUGUCACCCCA